AUGAAGCAUUUCUCCCAUGAAUGUGCGUUGACCUCGCCGGAGAUCGUCACAUACGGCGUCUGCAACAUUUGCUACGAAGACCAACCUGUAGAACUCGCAUGUAAACCUUGCCAUUUCGAUCUUUGUAAAGCUUGCUCCAUGCUUCCCCAGAAGGUGUCCCACCAUUUCCACCCGGAUCACCCUCUGGAGCUUUGUCUACGCCAAUUUGAUCGGAAACCAUUAAACGUCAUCUGUGCUGGGUGUGGUAACAUGUUUACUGGUUCCUUGUACGAGUGUAAAGAGUGUGAGAUCUACCUCGAUUUGGGCUGUGCGCUUUUGAAGAACAUUUUCACGAGUUGGGAUGCCAAAGAAAUGCUCCACUACAGCCAUUGUCACUUGCUUAGAAGGAGUAGACCUGGAACAAAAGCUCACAGCCUUUGCCUUCUCUGUGAGCUUCCCGUUUCUCCCUCUGUCAUAUGUUAUGGUUGUGUUUAUUGUUGCUUGUUUGUUCACGAACGUUGUUUGGAUCUUCCGAGAGAGAUUCAACAUCCCAUGCAUCCGGCACAUCCUCUUAGACGCCUUGAUUACACACACAACUGUGAUAGAAGAACAUGUGAUGCAUGCGGUUUGAGGAUAUAUGGUCCCCCAUUGAGUUGCGUAGAAUGUGGUUUUGACCUUCACUUGAGGUGUGCGGAUUCCUUAUUGUGA